GCUUAGUAGAUAGUGGGGCCACGCGCAGCUAUAUUAGUAGAAAGGCGCUGCAUAAGUCGGAGUUGGGGCUAAAAGUCAAGAAGUUAGCAGACCCCAUAGUGAGUAUCCUCGCAGGCAAUCGCACGAUGCGAGUAGAGGAUUAUGUAAAGGGGGUCCAGGCGUACUUUCGCCUAGAGAAAGAUGGGAAGAUGGAGAAAGUUCUCCAUUCCCUGACUCUCCUUGUAGAGGACAGCCUUCCUUCUGACAUAGUCCUAGGAGUGGACUGGGGAGAGGCAGCAGGGGCCACACUCCAUCUGAGAGAGCAUGAGUGUAGGCUCCCUAGCCCGUUAGGUGGGGUCAAGAUGGCCCGUCUGUUUCAUGUGUCCGGAGUAGACAACUCCUUGGCACAAUGCUGCCUUAGCGCUCCUGCGUUCGCGAGGUUAGUGAAGGAGCAGCUAGAAGAACAGGUUUUUGUAGCCUAUGUUAGGCCAGUUAUUGAGCCUAAAGAGGAAAAGCCCAUAGAUCCUGCCAUUGCCAGGCUGCUGGAAGAAUACAUCAAUGUAGCUAAGUCGCCUAUAGGGGUAGUCCCACGGCCCAUCCAGCAUCGCAUUGAGAUUGAACAUGGCAGCAGGACUCCUAAAGGAGCAGUGUAUAGGAUGUCCCAGCGGGAAUUGGGGGAGUUGCGCAAGCAGUUAGACGAACUCCUAGAGAAAGGUUGGAUUAGGCCCAGUUCGUCUCCAUUUGGAGCACCUGUUCUAUUUGUCCCAAAGGAGGGAAAGCUCAGAAUGUGCAUUGACUACAGGGGUCUCAAUGCUAUUACCGUGAAGAACGGGGAACCUCUGCCCCGUAUAGAUGACCUUUUAGAUCGGGUGCAGGGUUGCAAGUACUUUUCGAAGAUAGAUUUGAAGUCCGGAUAUCAUCAGAUAGAGGUCCAUCCUGAUGAUCAGUAUAAGACUGCGUUCAGGACUAGAUAUGGGCACUACGAGUUUAUAGUUAUGCCCUUUGGACUAACCAACGCGCCGACAACUUUUCAGCAUUGUAUGAAUGACUUGUUUAGGCCGUGGUUGGACAGGUUUGUAGUAGUUUAUUUAGACGACAUUCUAGUGUUCAGUAGGACCCUCCAGGCGCAUGAGGGUCAUCUAAGGCAGGUCCUGGAGAAGCUCAGAGAGGCUAACUUCAAGAUCAACGCGAAGAAGUGUGAAUGGGCAAAGACCGAAGUUCUGUACUUAGGGCAUGUCUUAGACGGAGACGACAUCAAAUCAGAAGAUGGUAAAAUUGCAGCGAUCAGAGAUUGGCCUACACCCCGCACGUUGCUGAAGAAAGAAACAAUCUGGAAGUGGGAUAAGAAUUGCACGCCUGCCAUGAAGAAGUUGAAGCAGGUGUUGAUAGAGUACCCAGUCCUUAAGGUAGUCGAUUCGUCCUUACCUUUCGUUGUCACCACUGACGCGAGCCAGUAUGGUAUAGGUGUUGUAUUACAGCAAGACGAUGGCAAUGGAUAUAGACCCAUAGAGUUCAUGUCGGCUAGGAUGCCUUCAGAGAAGGUAGCGACAUCUACCUACGAGAGGGAACUCUACACUCUUAGGCAAGCAUUAGAGCACUGGAAGCACUACUUGCUUGGGAGGCACUUCAAAGUUUACUCAGACCACGAGACAUUGAGGUGGCUGACUAAGCGUACUAGGUGGGCCGCAGAGAUAGACCAGUAUGAUUUUGAGCUCAAGCCAGUCAGAGGGAAGUAUAAUGUAGUUGCGGACGCUCUGAGUAGGAGAGCUGACCACUUUGGAGCGAUAGUUCAUUAUCUGGAUAUAGGGAGAGACCUGCAGCAGAAAAAGUUUACUGUUCCUGGUGGUGUACCUGCUUAUCCUUGUGCUCCCAUACACCAGAUGGCAAGAGAGACUUCCUGUUGUGCACCUGACACCAUGGCUGACACACGUGGUGGGAAGAAUACUACCCCUUACACCCAGGCUCAAGAGGAGCAAUUCGUUGCCAUUCUGAGAGAGAGAAGGGAGAAGAAGGAGAAGGAGCUCCUCAAACAGGCGAAGCUAAAGGUGAUAGCGGAGGAGCAGGCAGCGAAGAAGAAAAAGUUGGAGGAGGAGAUGUUAAGAUUGCAGCAGGAGGAGGAAGAGAAAAGGAAGGCUGCUAAAGAAGAAGAAGCAACAGAGGAGGAAGAAAGAGAAGAAGAACCCCUUGAAAGGAGGCGUGGGGGAGACAGAGGAGAGAGCAGUGGCACGAAGGAGGAGGACAAAUGGAUGGAGAAGAAGAUCAGCGAGUGGGUAGCUAAUUUAUCAUUGGGAGAAGACGAAGAUUCACUGUUGUACGUGCCCCAGGAGGAGAAGGAAGCAUUUGCUAGGGAGCUGGAAGCUAUGCAAGAUCCCCUGGUCCGCCAGACGCUAGAAAAUGAAAAGAGCUUGGAGUGGAAACUGCGCCUGGCAAGGGAAGAGAAGAGGAGGAGGGAGGAGGCCAACCGGAUGGCCAAAGAAGUGGAGAAGGUUCAGGCGUGUAGGCGGGAAGUGCAAGCGCAAGAAGAAACCCCUGCCAACUUAGAUAAGAUCCUGGGGUAUUUGGAGGUCUUGAGUCGGGCCUGGCUUGAAGAGCAUCAGGCCAAUAAGGGUCAAGAGGUGGACUGGGACAAAAAGCUUGCUCUCAUCGCCAGCCUGUAUAGUAACGCAGUGCACAGUGCGACCGGGGUUAGUCCUAACAGCCUGCAAUUGACCUUUAAGCCUAGACUGCCUCUAGACUUCCUAUUUCAUGAGAAUCAGUCCACUGUUGCUCUGGGUACAAGAGAGUUUGCAUAUAGAUAUGAGAAACUCAUGCAGCAAGCAGUGGAAAAUAUCCAUAAUGCACAGGCGGCGAUGAUUAAGUCUGAGAACAAACACCACCGCCAGUCUACGUUUCAGGUUGGGGAAAGACUCUGGGUAAAAGCUUUUGAACUCAGGCAGGAACACGGGAUCUCACGAAAGUUGAUGCCACAAUACUUUGGGCCGUGGGAGAUCCAGGACAUAGUUGGGAAUGAUCCUGAUGGACCGUCUUAUGUGGUGAAAAUCCUUGGUCACUUACGCACUCACCCUGUAUUUCACGCCUCCAAACUUGCACCUAUUCUGGAAACUGAUCAGUUUCCUUCUCGUCGAUUUAUGCUGCCCCCAACCAUGGAUGGAGAGGUCGAUAUCGAUGACAUUGUUGACCACAGGGAGAUGCCAGCUCCAAGACCCACUGGAAGGGGACGUCCUCCGAAACCGAAGCUGCAAUACCGUGUUCGGUUCAGACAUCACAUAGAUCCAAAGGAGGACCGAUGGUUCACCAGGGAAGAAUUGAUGCAAACUGCUCCUCAAGUCGUACCUUACUGCAGAAGGGGAAGCGCCAGAUUAUCGAAGACUUCUGAGAGGACUUUCAAAGACGGGCGCUGGGAAAACGAGAUGGCGCGAUGGUUGUUGCCGCCGGUCUACUCUAGUGGUCCGGAAAUGCCCAUAGAUGUAAGGGAAGGGGUAUCUGUCGUCCUCCCGGAAGAAGGAACGUGGACGGACCUGGUGCCAACCUAUGAAACGGUGAUGCUGGAUGAAAAGGACGCGUUCCUUUGGAUAGAGACUAUUUGGACUAAGGUCAGCCUGACGAGACUUUCACCAAGUCUGAUGGACUUAGAAUUUCGAGGGACGGUGGAACCCCGAGGGUGGGUCUACCUAUCCCAGGAUAUGAAAAAUGAAAUGGUGAUAAGAUUGGUAUCAGGGACGGCACCGGAUCAGUUGUUUAGGCAAGCGGAACGGGAGGUGGUAUGGGCGACAUGUCAGCGGAUGGAAAUGGAAAUUGAAAAGGAAGAGGUGCGAGUGGAACUCGGGGAUAGAGGAAACAUGAGACGGCCCCUUAGGACAAUGAGAUGUGUACUACCCCCGUUCCUGGUGGACGUAGUCUUCGGAACCAGGGACAGGCUGGAGCAAAUAUGUCGGUCGAUGACACGCUUGAGGCUGUACCAGUGUGCUCGGCAGGAUUUCUUUAGAUUGUUAGUGGAGGCAGGGCCGUUUGAAGGGAACUGGGCGGAAGAGUUAGCUGAGGGUCCGAGGGAUCGAUACCGAAUGGAGAGCCGUAACCUUGUGAAGGGACCAGGCGUUCAUGAUGGUGGAAUGUUUGUGGGAUGGCUAGGUAAAGAGAUGGCGUCGCAAGAACAGGACGACAACCAGCAGAGCAGAGGGAGUCAGGGUAGGAAUAGGGACGAGGAACAGAACGAGGGGUCGGAUCAGGAAUCAGCAAAGCCAGAAGGGACCAGAGAAGAAGGGAAGGGCCUCUCCACAGGGGAAAGUUCAGGAAAAGUUGGGGGUAGCAAAAGAGGACCGCAGGAGAAUAGGGAAGGGAGGGACGACGAAAGGGCGAGUCCUCGGAACUCCGGAGGAACCACGCCCAAGAAAACGAAAGUCUCGGAUGCACGCCGCAAAUUGGCAGAAAUAGAAAGACGGACCACAGAAUACAAGGCGAGAUGUGUUGAACAAAUGAUGGCUGGGAAUGAAGAGGAUCCCCAGGGGGAAGGGUCACGAGAGGGACGCAGGACUUGUCAGGGUGAAGCCAGGUACGGAGUAAAAGAUAACAGCCAGAAGGGAACACCCAGCAAGAAGGAGAAGGAAAAGGGGGACUCCCCGACUAUAGAAGCAGAAAAGGCCACAACCCCGUCGGCUAUUGACAACGGCUCUAGUCGUCUGCCCACCACACCCAAAGCAACAAAGGGAUGCGAUGGACUCUGGAGUCUCAAAGAGAGGGUGUUAGGCUGGUUUGAUCCGGAGGGAACACCGAAAACCGGGGAAAAGCACAAGGAAGGCAGGGAAGGAGAGGGGAAUAGUGCAGUCGGUGAGGCGGGUAGCUCUGAAGGGGGACUUAAAAGGAUAGUAGCCACCCUCACCCGGACUCUGAAUAAGAAUCAGGGGUAUCUCGCAGACGCAAAGAAGAAACUCACUUUCGAUGGGGCAAACAUCACGAAAUUCCUGAUAGAUUACGAGAACCUGGCAGCCUUACUGAAAUGGACUGAGGAAGAAAAGAUGGACCACCUAGGGCAGCACGUAUCGUUGAGCUUACGAAGGGGCAUUGUGGCUAUCGUCUCCGCUAGUGGAUCCUGGAAGGAAACCCGGAAUGAGAUGAUGAGAAAAUACCUGAAGGCGGAGAAAAUGGCGGCAGAGGCUGAAUUGGCGGCAUUCUCGGAGUUCGACAAAGAUAAGAUUCUGUCGGCCUACCAGCAGACCAGUAAGUUUGAAUACACAAGGGAUGUGGAUUUCAGUACGGUAACAGAUCUUGCAGAGAAGACAAUGGUAACUGAGACCCUGACCCUGCUUAAGGAAGGGGAGGUUAUAGACCUGACCGGGAAGACGGGGGAUAAGGUAAAGAAGGGGAUAGAGAGCCUGCACGAACGAGUGCACGGGGUUGACAUCAAGAUGGAAAGAGUGGAAAAUGCGAUGUUAGUAAUGCAGGCGCAAGUGUCCAGACCCGCCCUCCCGCCCCAAGAGGCCGUAGUUCCGGCAGCCGUAGCUAAUCGGGGAUUUGGCAAGAGGGAUCCGGCCAACGAACAAUGCAAGUACUGCACAGUGGUCGGACAUUUCGUGAGCGCUUGCCCAAGACUCAAUCACGAUAUUGAGCGGCAGAGGUGCAGCAGGUCCCUCAACGGUGAGAUUCUCGGACCCCAGGGGGAGCGUGUAAAUUGGAACUCACCAGGAGGGAUGCGGCGAGCCGUCAUCCUCCUGAAUAACUUAGAGAUAGCUAUCGUAGAAGAAGAGCUGGUAGCCGAGAUUGCCGAUCUAUUGGCAGAAUCCCACGUUGGGCGAAGUAUUUACUCCCUGAUAGAUCUGUACUCAGGAUAUGACCAACUGCCGCUCGAUGCGAGGGAUAGGCCUUACACUGCCAUGCACACACCAGUAGGGCAGUUGCAGAUGUUCCCGGAGAAGUGUGAGCCGUAUAUAGACGAUAAUCCCAUAAAGGGCGCACAAAACAAGGAUGAGACAGAGGUAGAGUUGGGCGUACGAAAGUUUGUCUGGGAUCACCUGCAGGAUAUCAAGGAUCUACUUCAGCAGUUUUUGGUUUAUAAUAUUACCGCAAGUGGACCAAAGAGCAUCCUGGGCGUCCCGGAAGUGACCAUACUGGGGUUUCGCUGUGGGGCCUAUGGAAGGAAGCCCGACCCUACAAAGGUAGAUAAGAUUUCUCAAUGGUCGACGCCCCUGCGCACCACAACGGAAGUACGAGCCUUCCUAGGGGUAGUCGGGUUCUGGAGGAUUUUUAUCAAAGGAUUCGCAAAGAUAGUUGAGCCCAUCCGCGCGAUGAUUAGGGAAGGUGGCACUAUGGAGUGGACCGAGGACAGGGAAGCGGCAGCCCAGACCCUGAAAGAUAUCCUGUCUUCCGAUCAGGUUACCGAAGCAGCACCCUGCUUCAAUGAUGAAGUAGGACGACCCUUUAUCUUGGAAACAGACGGAGGACCCUUGGCAGUUGGUGGUGUAUUGAUACAGAAAAGCAAGGAGGGCAUAGAAAGACCGAUCAGGUUUGAAAGUAGGACCUUGAAUUCGACAGAACGACGGUACUCACAGUUCAAGAAAGAGGUCUUAGCGAUCCUGCAUUGGCUUAAGACCUUCCAGGCAUACCUGUUUGGGAGGCGAUUUAUCCUGAGGAUCGAUCUGACCAACGUUGCCGGGGCAGUAAAGCACUACAAACCUAUAGACCCAACCGUCGGGAGGUGGAUAGGCUUCAUAUGGCAAUUCGACUACAAGGUCGAGCGAAUUGCGGGGCUUCGGAACAGGGCGGAUGGGUUGAGUAGGGUGUGUAUCACGCCGGAAGGUAUAGAGGACGCGGAGCCAAUCGACGCCUUCCUAGAAUACGAAGGAGGGACCUUGGUCGUGGAUAACGAGAUGGCAGGCACCGCUCCUACAAUGGAUCAACUGCUGAUUCAGACUCUAGGAAAGGGCGCGCCCGCCAUAGUUGCGGAACUCGGGGAGGGACCGGUCACCAUGUUUAGACGCAGGGAUGAGAAGGAUUUGUGGGGAGCAAUAAUGGGGCCGGAAGAAGAACUGAUGGCAAUGGCCGUUGAAGGGGGACGGGACGCUGUGAUGACUCUAGUGGAGACCUGGGCCCAGAGGGAGAGGCAGUACCAAGUGAAUCAGGCUCAGGUGGAACAGGGUAUGGUGGCAGCAUACUGCCAGACAUGCCUGAUAUGCCAGGAAAGGAGUUCCGCACGUGUCUUCGAGCCCCUUAGACCUACCCGGGUACUAGGGUCGGGGCACCUAGUCCACCUCGACCUUGCGGUUAUGCCAGUGUCAACGGAUGGAUACAGGUACAUCCUGGAUGCAAGGGAUCACCUCAGUGGCUACGUAGAGGCGGUAGCACUCAAGAGAAAGACAGGGAAGGGAGUGGCCGAUUGGAUAGAGGAUUUCUACCUAAGACACCCCUUUGUGCGCAGGUUCACAGCAGACAAUGGGACGGAGUUCGUCAAUCAGGAGGUAUCGAGCAGGCUUAAGACCUUGUGCGUACCCAUCAAGAUCAUUGAGCCAUAUCAUCCGGAGGCAAAUGCACCAGUAGAAAGGGGGCCUCAGAGUUUGAAGAACACAAUCGCCAAGCUGGCAAUGGAUGAUUUGGGAAAGUGGCCACGGUUCUCAGAGAACAUGACACCAAAAAGGACGACAGGGUGCAUUCCGGCAGAACUUUGGUAUGGGAGGGAGAUUGAUUUUCCGGUGGAAGCCUUAGAGGUGUUGGUUGAACUAGUGGCAGGCCAGAAACGAAUUUUGGCUGCACUACAGGCUCCUCGUCCAGUGAUGAGGCAGCCUCAGUUUGCUGUAGCUCCCCCAUUGGUUGCGGGUCCAUCAAUGACGCCGUCGCCAGUUGGGCCGUCAUUCUCACCUAUGUUUGGCAUGCCUCCUCCAGGUGGUUAUGUGGUGACCAGUGGUCAGAUUCAUAGUCUCUGUUAUACCAUCGACAACAGUGGUUACUACAGUCACAUUGUCAAGCCAGGCCCAGACCUUGGGGAGGAGACAGAGCACGAUGGGGCGAGCGAGACUUCGAAUGGGGGAGUUGUGGCACCCAUCAAAGAAAAGGCUAGGGGGACCGGGAAGAAGAAGGUAGGCCGGUCUAUGGGUCAGGGCGACCGAGGAACGCCCGCAUGGGUGAAACUUGGUUUAGAGUUUGAGGUGUGGAGGGACCGAGUUGCUAGGGGUACGUGUAUGAACUGUGGCAACUAUGGCCAAUACGUCCAGAAUGUGUCGAGGGCGAGACAUAUGAAGUAUUCCUGGAUGUGGGAGCGAGAGGACGAGAAGGGCACUGUAGUGGAAACCAUACUGACCUACGUUCGCUUCAGGCAAGAAGAGUUGUCUGUUUUUGUGGUUCACACUGUGUUCGCUGGAGGAACCAUUCAUGACUUGAGACCCUAUGUGAGGAAGGGGAAAGAGAACCAUGAGGACCUUGACUCAGUGUGGAUUGCAGCAACUAAGUACCUUGAGGAGAGGGAAAGAGAGUUAGACGAGAGUGGUACCAAGCUGAUCCGCAGCUGUGGACCCAAGCUCUAUGCCGACUAUCCCAAACCUCCAAUACCUCUUACUCUGACAGAUGGCUCUCACUGUGGUGACCUGAUUGACCUCGCCAAGAGGUACAUCUCUCCAGCCACGAUCGACUAUGAGGCAAUCACAAAGUCAUCUGAGUUCCCGCAUCUCAGACGAGGGAUUUUCUCUCAGCCGUAUCUUCCUACACUAUGGGAGGAGUUUUGUGCCAUGGUUGACUUUCGUAUCAUGGGACUUGGAUGGAAGUGCUCGGAACUAGCAAGCUUCAGUGUAGUGCUGGCUCGCUUCUUGGAGGGAGAUAUCUAUGAUAUCCGUCCUUAUGUCAAGAAGGGAGACUGCGACGAUGAUGAGGCCUUCAACUGGUUAUGGGGAAUUGCAAUCCAGUCUCUUUAUGAUGAGAAGGCCGAUUUAAUCAAGCAAAAGAAGAAAGUGGAGUGGGGUUUAAUGCCUGUGACAUAUGAGAUUAUCAGUACAUUGGCCAAGAACUGGGAGACUGAGAAUGGUAUGAACAGAGGGAACAAUCUGAGUGCUGAAAAUAUUAUUCAAAGAGUGAUGGCUAACUAUAUGCCUGCGAUGCCUGCAAACCAUGUUGUGGAUGACAGAGGAAAGAAGAAAGCUGAAAGUGAGGAUGAUGAUGAUGAUGAUGAUGAUGAUGAUGAUGACGAGGGUUAUGUUCGCUUCAGGCAAGAAGAGCUGUCUGUUUUUGUGGUUCACACUGUGUUCGCUCGAGGAACGAUUCAUGACUUGAGACCCUAUGUGAGGAAGGGGAAAAAGAACCAUGAGCACCUUGACUCAGUUUGGAUUGCAGCAACUAAGUACCUUGAGGAGAGGGAAAGAGAGUUAGACGAGAGUGGUACCAAGCUGAUUCGCAGCUUUGGACCCAAGCUUUACGCCGACUAUCCCAAGCCUCCAGUACCUUUUACUCUGAGAGACGGCUCUCACUGGGGUGACCAAUUGACCUCGCCAAAAGGUCACUUUGGUUUUAAGAAGACGUAUGCCGAUGUCCGAGAACGGUUUGAAUGGAAAGGAAUGAAGGAAGAUGUACUAACGUAUGUGCCGACUUGUCUUGUUUGUCAGAGGAACAAGCCCACAUAUGAGAAUCCGCUGGGACUAUUGAGACCACUGCUUGUACCAAGUGAGCCAGGUCUUUUGUCCCUGUCCGCCAUUCGUACUCUCGUCGCAAGGCUUACUGUCUCGUCCCUCCAGCUCGCUGCAAUUGAGGCUGAGGAACAACGCCAGCUGGCAGUCAAGGCUGCCCAGCUACAGGCUGAAGAAGCGGCAACAGCAGAGAAGCUGCAGCUACAGGCCGAAGCAGACGCAGAUGCCCAGGCUCGCCGCAAGGAAGCCCAGGAUCUGCUGCUGCGGCAUGAAGCCAACAUCAUCGAGAGACUCAAGUACUGGCACUUUGAACCGAACGGCGACGAGGCAACACCGGAAGAGCAGCAUAAGGAGUUCAUGGCCAAGCUCGUGACCAGGCUUGUUUACACUUGUAACCACCUACAGUCCGAGUUGGCGAACCUCCAGCGGGCCGUGCGGAACCAUAAGACUCAGCACGAGGAUGCCACACGGGCACUGGACGCCCGUAAGUUCGACGGCUACACACAGCAGGAUCCGGUCCUCUGGUGGGAAGCAUUCACGACGCAACUUCGGAUUCUGCUUGUCGCUAAGCAUGCGUACAUCGGCGCCCUGUUCAUGAACUCAAAGGGCGGAUGCCAGAUCUGGUUGACCCACUUGGCAACCUCUUACGGCGUCGACGUACCAGACUUGAAGGACAAAAUCACAUGGGAGGAAUUGACACGGCUGUGGAAGAAACGGUUCAUCGUCGACGACGCGCCGGCACUCGCUAUCAAUCGUUUUUUCACCAUGUCACAGGGCAACACCGCAACACGGGACUGGCUCACGGAAUGGCAGAAGAUUGCGGCAGAGCCCAAUCUGGACUUGCCAUUCACGCAUCUGCGCCUUGAGUUUUACAACAGGUCCUGUGCUGCAUUGAGCCAGGCUCUUGGUGAUUGCGAGCAGUACUCAACCUUCGUUGAGAUCAUUGACAAAGCGAGGGAGAUCACCAAGACCAACAUGUCAGCUGCACACGAGAAGUCAACAUGGCAGCCGACCUAUGUGGAGAAGCUUGACCGAGGCGAAGUACAAGGUCCGCGGCCGCUACGGCAGCUGCUAUUGGUGCAACAGCACCAAGCACAAGACCUCCCUGUGCCAGGAUCAGGGCAAGGAGGAUGUGCGACCCUGCCUCAACUCGGGAAACUGAGUUUCGCGGAAGGUGAGGCGACUCCACCUUCUACUCCGCCAGAUUCGGCCGCCUUGCUAGCGGCCUCUUGCACAUCUGGGGAGGAUGCGAAUGUCGCAGGUUCUCGUUACACUUACGAGGACUAUGUUGUCCACUUGGUUCCAUUGCUGGACCAACCGCUCCACGUGCAACAAUCCACCGCAUGCACGGUUUCAUCACCAUCGACAACCGGUUCGGCAGCUUCGCCACAAUCUAUCGCCGGGGAUUCAUCGUCAUGGUCAAGACUUGAGGUGCUCGACCCACUGACGUUCACGGACUUCCAGUGGAUGGCCGUUCCCCCGACAGGACGAUUGUCGAAACCGCAUUGCAAUGUGCUCAUGGCACAACUGCGGGAUUACUUGCACACUGCAGUACCAGCUCCGUUAAUGGACGCCGGAGUAGAGGUUGCCAACCUUCACGAUUACAUUGCGAAGAUCGACCGCGAGUUCAAGACGCAACGCGAGGAAGAGUUAAGUGUGCUUCGGGCACAGCUCGACGACCUUCUGGACAAAGGCUGGAUUCAGCCUAGCUCAUCGCCAUACGGUGCUCCUGUUCUCUUCGUCCGGAAGAAGAACAAGGAUUUGCGGUUGUGCAUCGACUAUCACAAGCUCAACGCGCAGACGAUCAGGAACGUCGACCCUCUCCCACGCAUCGACGGUCUUCUCGAGCGACUGGGCGGCGCCAAGUUCUUCUCCAAGCUAGACCUCAAGUCGAGAUAUCACCAACUCGAGAUUCACAAGGAGGACCGUUACAAGACCGCGUUUAAGACGCGAUAUGGGCAUUUCGAAUGGCUGGUCAUGCCAUUUGGCCUUACGAAUGCCCCGACCACUUUCCAAGUGGCUAUGACAACGGAGUUCCGACACAUGCUGGAUCGUUUCGUACUUAUCUACCUCGAUGACGUUCUGGUCUACAACCGGAGUUUGGAGGAGCAUGUGGAACACCUGCGCACCGUUUUGGAGCGGCUACGACAAGCCAAGUACAAAGCCAACCACGACAAGUGCGAAUUCGCGCGGCAGGAGCUGGAGUUCACAUGGGUUACAGACAACAAUCCAUUGACCUACUACAAGACGCAGGAUACGGUGAGCAGCACGAUCGGGCGAUGGAUGUACUUCAUCGACCAGUUUGACUUCACACCGAAACAUCUUCCCGGCCUCUCAAAUCGCGCAGCAGAUGCACUCUCGCGAAGACCUGAUCUUUGCGCUAUGACACAUCAUGCCUUCGCAUUCGACGAGGAGCUUCAACGACACUUCAUCCGGGCAUACCAGUCUGAUCCGGACUUCGCCACGCUAUAUGCACAACUAUCUUCGGAUCACCCGCCGGCCAGCCAUUACCGCAUUGCCGACGGGUCCUUGCUCCUCCACUCGAGAGGCAAGGAUUUACUGUGUGUCCCACGCGACCGUCGUCUUCGGACUCGCCUCCAGCGCGAGUAUCAUGAUUCGCGACUCGCCGACCAUUUCGGAGUCAACCGCACUAUUGCAUGGCUUCGACAGGGAUUCCGAUGGCCCGACCUCAUUACCGAUGUCACUCGGUAUUGCGACUCUUGCGAAGUUUGCCGAUGCAACAAACCCCACAACCGCAAUCCCUAUGGGGAGUUACACCCGAUGCCUAUUCCACGGGAACCCGGUCUCUCCAUUGCUAUGGACGUCACUGGUCCGUUUCCUCGCGAUCGGCUCGGGCAUGACGACAUCCUCACGGUUGUGGACCAAUUGAGCCGGAUCUUCGUCGACCUUCUCCUCCCUCGACCAGCCGACAUUGACGCUGCCUGCUCUCCCGCUUCCGUCCGGAAGUACAGGGAAUUGCUGACUCAAGCCCACGCAAAUAUGCAAAAGGCUCAAGUCCGCGUGCAGCAGCAAGCCAACAGGCGUCGCGUACCAUGUCCCAUCCGUGCCGGUGAUCUGGUUUGGGUCUCCGCGGAAGAGUUUGCAUUGGAACAGGAUGUUUCAUGCAAAGUGCUUCCCAAGUGGUUUGGACCUUGGUCUGUGACAGCAGCCGCGGGCGAUGAGCCCGAUGGCCCUUCAUUUGUGAUCAACAUUCCAGAGCAUCUGACGGUCCGUUCGGUCUUCCACGCCUCGAAGUUGGCAACAUACACGCCAGCCAAGAGCGACGACUUUCCGGGCCGACGAUCGCAGGACCCUCCUUCUAUGGAUGGUCAUCGGGAAGUUGACCGCGUCAUCACCGAUCGCAAGUACGGCAGCAAGCCGCGGCAGUACAAAGUCACAUUCAAAGCAUGCGAUCGCGACGACACUCGGUGGAUUUCAGGCGCAGAUUUGAAAKCAUCCGCACCGCUGAUCUACGCGCAUUAUGAAAAGUGGAGUCUCGCAAAGAUGUGGAACGAAAAGGCGAUGUGGGGCAUGUUGUCGUCAUUCGUCUGCGAGGAAUUGACUGAGGAAGUGUAUACUCACAUGUUGAUGUCGAGAACUUGGGGGGAGAUGGAGGCUCCUUUGAGGUUAGGCUUUCCAAAAGGUGGAAUAGAGAAUCCACAUCGUGGGAAUCCUGUGCAGCGAGCUGGAGUUGCGGCAACACCAGGAGAGUUGAGUGGUAUACAGAGGCAAGUUGGAAUACUGGAAGAAAGGUUGACGCGACUAGAAGAGGCCAGGAAGGGCAAACGGAAGGUUUUAGAGGGUAUCUCGAGUGAGCCGGCUGGUCAAGACAAAGGAGGAGCAAGGAGUGGUGAUCGAGAGUCACUCCUCCUCAGGAGAACCCCGAGAAGGCGGACUAGUGCUCAAGGGAGAGACGAAGGGGUUGUUGAGAGGGAGGUCAUCCACGCGAUAGAGAUUAUCCCAGGGUCUAGUAUUCCAAGGGGUAGGAUCUAUCGGAUGUCUCCAGGCGAGCUUGAUGAGCUUCGCCGCCAACUUAAGGAACUCGUAGAGAAGGGUUGGAUCCGGCCGAGUGUCUGUCCUUAUGGGUCUCCAGUUUUAUUCGUGCCUAAGAAGAAAGAGGGAACUCUAAGGAUGUGCAUUGACUAUAGGGGCCUCAAUGCCAUCACGAUGAAGAACAGUGAGCCCCUACCGCACAUCGAUGAUCUGUUAGAUAGAGUGCAAGGGUGUCGGUACUUCAUUAAAAUAGAUCUGAAGUCCGGGUACCAUCAGAUUGCAAUYCGGCCCGAGGAUCAACACAAAACCACAUUUCAGACCAGGUACGGACUAUACGAGUUUGUGGUGAUGCCUUUUGGUCUUUGCAAUGCUCCUGGCACCUUUCUGCACGCUAUGAAUAGGAUAUUCCAUGACUACUUGGAUAAGUUUGUCGUCGUGUACCUCGAUGACAUACUUAUUUUUAGUAAGACUGUCGAGGAACAGGUAGCACACUUAGACAAAGUUCUCAGUCUCCUGCGACAGCACAAGUUCAAGAUCAACGGUGAAAAGUGCGAGUUUGGCCGCACCCGUAUCUUGUACUUGGGUCAUGAGAUCUCCGCGGAAGGGUUGAAGCCCGAUGAUGCGAAGGUGGCCAGCAUUCGUGAUUGGCCACGUCCUCAGUCUGUGACUGAGAUGAGAUCUUUCUUAGGAAUGACAGGCUACUAUAGGACUUUCGUUAAGAAUUACAGCAUAGUGGCCGCUCCUUUGACUGAUCUGACCCGCCUUGACACCCCUUGGGAGUGGACAAAUGAGUGCGAGGCUGCUUUCAGACAUCUGAAGCAUGCAUUGACGCACUAUGAAGUCUUGAAGCUACCCGAWCCUGAUAAGCCAUUUAUAGUAACCACGGAUGCUAGCCAAUAUGGCAUUGGCGCCGUGCUUGCGCAGCAGGAGGGGCCAAAGUUGAGGCCAGUAGAGUACAUGUCCAAGAAAAUGACGUCUCAGAAGUUGGCUAAGUCCACUUAUGAGAAGGAGCUCUAUGCGGCGUACAAGGCUCUCACCCAUUGGAGACACUACCUCCUUGGGCGACCGGACUUCUCAGGUGCGCUGAUUACUGAGUUCGAUCUGACGGACGAUGUUACUCAGUCUUUGGUGGAAGYCUAUCGUCAGGACCAGUUUAUGUUUGAGAUCAUACGCAGACUUGAGGCGAAGGAUAAAAAGACCUCCGCCGAGUUUGAGUUGGUCAAUGGAUUGCUGUUCCUAGAGAAGGCAGGGAAUAAACGUUUGUGCGUUCCAAGUAGCGAAUCUUUGCGUAGUUUGUUUUUAGGCGAGUGUCAUGAUGCCACCGGCCAUUUUGGGUACAAGAAGACCGCAGCCAACUUGCUGCAGCGGUUCUGGUGGCCAACGAUGAUGAAAGAUGCACAGCURUACGUGGAAAYUUGUCAAGUAUGCCAAAGAAACAAGCCCCGUACUCAGGCGCCUCUUGGGCUGCUCAAGCCCCUUCCGAUUCCGGAAAGGCCAGGUGAAAGUUUAUCCAUGGACUUCAUGGMUACGCUGGUCACCAGCAAGAGUGGGAUGAGACAGAUCUUUGUCAUCGUGGAUAGGUUUAGUAAGUUUGGUAGAUUAAUAGCUAUGCCAGAAACAGCAAAGACCGAAUACGUGAUCAGGCUAUUUAAAGAAAACUGGGUUAGAGACUUUGGACUGCCGAAGGCUAUAGUCAGUGACAGGGAUGUCAGGUUCACAAGUGAACUAUGGAACGCUGCAAAGGCCGCUGCAGCUGAACAAGGAACGCAACUGCAAAUGACUUCUGGAAAUCAUCCAGAAGCUAAUGGCCAGGCUGAACAAAUGAACCGCGCUGUGCAACACCUAUUGAGGCACUACAUCAAGCCCAAUCAGGUAGACUGGGACAAAAAGCUUGCUCUAGUCGCUAGUCUAUAUAACAACGCUGUGCACAGUGCUACCGGGACGAGUCCUAACAGUCUACAACUGACAUUCAAACCUAGACUGCCCUUAGAUUUCCUACUUCCAGACAUCCAGCCAACUGCUACACCGGGCACUCUGGAGUUCGCCUAUAGAUAUGAACAGAAGAUGCAGGAGGCUGUAGAACACAUGCAGAAGGCACAGGCAGCAAUGAUAGAGUCUGAGAAUAGACACCUCCGCCCUUCUACAUUUCAGGUWGGGGACAGAGUCUGGGUCAAAUCUACAGAACUGGGACAGGAGUUCGGGAUAUCCCGCAAACUCAUGCCUCAGUACUUUGGACCUUGGGAAGUUUUAGACGUAGUAGGGACAGAUCCUGAUGGUCCAUCAUAUGUCAUCCGUAUCCCUGGUCAUCUCAGAACUCACCCAGUCUUUCACACCUCUAAGCUCGCUGCAUUCAAGGAAACUGACCAGUUUCCCUCUCGUCGAUCCAUGCUGCCCCCAACCAUGGACGGAGAAGUCGACAUCGAUGAUAUCGUUGACCACAGGGAGAUGCCAGUUCAAAAGCCUCCAGGAAGGGGUCGUCCUCCAAAACCAAAGCUGCAGUUCCGAGUGCACUUCAGACAUCAUACAGAUCCAAAGGAGGACCGCUGGUUUACUCGGGAGGAACUGAUGCAGACCACUCCUCAAAUCGUUGCCCGCUAUGAGAAGGAUGCACUGAAAGGAAAGCGCCAGAUGGCUAUAGAUUGAUCUUCGAAGAGGACUAACGAAGAUAUGGAGGAGGGAAUGCGAGGCUACGCCCGCUUAGCCCCUACGAGGCCCUAUCUGCAACAAGGUCGGCCGCCCUAAGUGAAGGCAGGCACGACAGGCCCUUCAGGCCUCAUUCUUCAGGGUACCCCGCAAUGGGGAAAUUCAGACAGUUGCAUUGCGCCAGUUGGUUGAAUGAAUCCAGGCCCUGGGCCGCCUGUGUAAAUGAAUG